AUGUUUACGUUUAAGCCGCUCACAUCCGAGCAGGCGCAGGCCAUCCAAGUGCCCUGCAAUGGACCAUCGAUAGAGGUGCAUCUGAACGAUCAGUCGGAUCUUCCAUCAGGCGAUGGAACUAGAAAGGUGGCCGCAUACUGCGUUCUGAACGAUAACUACAAAGCGUCAGCCGAGAGGAUAAGAAAUCUUACCGUCUAUGAGGAUGAUUUGUGGAUCGUGACGGCACCAAAAUGUGGUACAACGUGGACCCAAGAGAUGAUGUGGUUGGUCGACCACAACCUGGACUAUACGGCUGCGGCAGAAGUUAAUCUAAUCGCGAGAUCUAUCUUUUUAGAAUUUUGUACAUUAGUGCCUAAAUUUGAAGAAGACACCAUAGCGGCAGUAGAACGUAUGCAAAGACCGAGGCACAUCAAAAGCCACCUACCUAUGGCUUUGCUGCCAAAGCAACUGUGGACCGUCCGACCGCGCAUCGUAUAUUGUGCACGCAAUCCGAAGGACAUGGUGACCAGCUUUUAUCAUCACUAUUGUCACCUACACGGAUACAGGGGAACCAAAGAAGCUUUCUUCGAGGCUAUUCUGCAUGAUCAAGUACUAUACCAGCCUCAGAUACCGCAUACGUUGGACUUUUGGAGUAUACGCAAUGAGCCAAAUGUACUUUUUAUCCAUUAUGAAGAGAUGAAGCGAGAUAUGGCUGCGGUUUUAGUUCGAGCUUCCCGGUUUUUAGAUAAAUCAUACACAAAAGAACAACUCGCCCAACUCGAGCACCAUCUAUCUUUUGAUGUUAUGAAAAAUAACAACGCUGCCAAUCAUACAAUUCUCCUUGAUACAAUGCAAACUUUAACCGGUCGAGAUGAUGGCAACCCGUCGGGUUUUCGAUUCAUGAGAAAAGGAAAGAUUGGUUCGCAUCGGGAAGAGCUGACGGAUGAAUACAUUGCUAAGCUGGACACGUAUAUUCAACAGCAAUUGCAAGGAACGGAUUUCCGAUUCAUGGAGUAGAAGGAAACAUGAUAAGUGACCAAUUGUGUUUCAAAAAUAAAUUAUUAAAUAACGGUCAUAGUUGAAAACCUU